UUUGUUGUCUCAUCCAAACUAAAAACCCAUCAAACCGGAGUGAAGCUACAACGUGAAAUUACAACAAUAACAACAUGAGCCACAUAUCGCUAUGGGAUAUAGUGAAAUUUACAGUAAAAGGUUUGGACUACAAGUUCGAACAGUAUCGGCUGAAUACGGGUGCAACGGUUACCACAAAAAUUGCCAAGGGCGAGGUUAAGGGUGCGAAGCGUAUGUCAGUAUGGGGUAAUUCAUACUACAGUUUCGAGGGUAUACCAUUUGCCAAGCCCCCAUUAGGUGAAUUACGUUUUAAGGCCCCCGUUGAGGAAGAUCCAUGGGAUGGUGUCUUGGAUUGCACGGGCCCAGCUGCGGUGCCUUUCCAAGGCAAUAUGAUUUUUAAGAAGUAUAAGGGUUCUGAAGAUUGUCUUUAUUUGAAUGUGUUUACCAAUAAUAUCACUCCUUCCACCCCACGACCAGUCAUGGUUUGGAUUUAUGGUGGUGGUUUCCAAUUGGGUGAAGCCACUCGUGACAUGUACAGUCCGGAUUAUUUCAUGUCCAAAGAUGUUGUCCUGGUGACCAUAGCCUAUCGUUUGGGUCCAUUCGGUUUCUUAAGCUUAGAUGACCCCAAUGUAGAUGUACCCGGUAAUGCUGGUAUUAAAGAUCAGAUAAUGGCCUUGAAAUGGGUGCAGAAAAACAUUUCGGCCUUUGGUGGAGAUCCCAAUAAUGUCACCCUGUUUGGAGAGAGUGCCGGUGGCACUUCCACACAUUUGUGUAUGGUCAGUGAGCAGUCAAAGGGAUUAAUACACAAAGCCAUUACCAUGUCAGGUUCUAUGCUGUGCCCAUGGGCCAUACCACCCAAAAAUCAAUGGGCCUAUCGUUUGGCCAAAGCCUUGGGUUACGAGGGCGAGGAGAAAGAUUCGGAAAUUUAUCAAUUCCUAAAAACAGCUUCACCCAUUGAAAUACAAAAAGCAACUCCCACAAUUUUAAGCAAAGAAGAAAAACACAAUCGGGUGAUGUUUGCUUUUGGACCUGUCAUCGAGCCAUAUCGCACCAAAGACUGUAUUAUAGCUGACGAACCCCUUGAUCUCAUGAAAAAUACAUGGAGCAAUGACAUACCAAUGAUCUUGGGUGGCACCAGUUUUGAAGGUCUCCUCUUUUACCCUGAAGUAAUGAAACGGAAAGCAACCUUAGAUGAGGUGAAGGAUUGUGUCAAUCUAUUGCCACUUGAUUUGGGUAUCGAUAAACGCAGCACAAAGGCCCACGAAUUGGGAUUGAGUCUAAAGAAGGCUUACUUUGGCGAGGAAGAAUGCAGCAUAAACACCAUUAUGAAGUUUUUGGAGAUUUGUUCCUACAGAGAAUUCUGGCAUCCCAUAUAUCGCACAGCUCUAUAUCGCAUAAAAUAUGCCCGUGCCCCCACCUAUGUCUAUCGUUUCGAUUAUGACUCCGCCGAUUCAAAUGCCAUACGUCGCCUGUUGUGUGGUGAUGCAGUGCGUGGAGCUUGUCAUGGCGAUGACAUGGUUUAUUUGUUCCGUUUCAUGUUUUCACAUCGCAUGCCGCUCGAUUCACAGGAUUGUAAAGUCUCCAAGACCAUGAUUGAUAUAUGGACAAGUUUUGCCGCAACCAGUGAUCCAAAUUGUCCAUCCUUGGGUGAUAUCAAAUAUGAACCAUUGAAGCAGAAUACAACCACAAUUAAAUGUCUGAAUAUUUCCGAUAAACUUGACUUUAUUGAAUUACCCGAAUCGAAGAAAAUUGAAGGGGUAUGGAAUAGUUUUUAUCCCCAAGGAAAAUUAUAA